CAGUACUUGUACCGCCUCCUUGCUCAUUCUCAUGGCUACAGCAUGUUGCGGCGCGCAGUGGUCUCAGGCUGGGCAUGGCUCGUUGUCGCUGGUGUUGCUCGCCGCAUCGCACAGGCGCUGCUGGUGGACGGAGAACGUCGGCCGUCCUGCCAGUGGUACGCUUGCGAUGCGGCUUCGGUGCGGUCUACGCCGGAGUUCACUGACAACAUGACACGGUUCCCAUCCUCGACCGUGCAGCGACCAUGCCCCGCAUAUCCAGCAACAUGUGUAGGCGCCGUUGUGCACGAUGAGCUCGACAGGCUGCGACCCCCGGGAGGUGGAGAGGUAUGUUGUCAUCUGCAGGCGAAUCCAAGGCACGCCAGCAUUACGCGAACCCGAAGGGCUUCCCUCCCUCGGUGCCACUGAACGUCCGCCAGGCUAAUCCUCAAGUCGCUGUUAGGCUGUCUGAUGUUGGGAGAAAGGGGUCCUUUGUGCAGCGCGCUCUAGCGACGCGCGACGCAUUAGAGCCUGACUGUUUCGACUACUCUUCAAGCUCAAAGACGAUCAAUAUCUUGGCUAUACCUGCAAGCUCAUUCAAACAUGGCUCAUCGUGAUAGGAACAACCAAAGGCGGAUUGUUCAUCUGGGGCCUAUUCAAUUGAGCUCGAACAAGUGAUGAGCUUGGUGCCUCCCAGUCGUUCGUGUUAGGGCCAAGACAUUCUGUUCUUGAUUCUAACAACAGAAACCCGUACUGAUCCUUGGGUCUACGGCGGAGACUCUACACAUACCUGAACCAUAGAGUCAUGCUGACCUCGCGAGAGC